AUGACUGACGGUACUGGCUCAGGCAGUAAUAGCCGAUCGAGUCAGUUUGGCGGUAAUGUGCCUCGACGUUUGUCAUAUGCUUCUGUUGCCUCUGGCGCAACGGCGCAGACACUCCACCACCCGACUCGAUCGGGAGCGUUCUCCCAUCUUGUGUCUGCGACUCCCAGCAGCUCAUACCCUCCUCAGUAUCAACCAGAACAGCAUUAUCAAAGACGACAUUCGGAGCAAGACCAGGACAGUCUCGGAGUUAACAACUGGCGGAAGCCCACGCCUCUACCCUCAUAUUCACGAAAGUUUGCCAAUCUAGCGACUUUCGGAAUGAACACGAUGUCCCCCAAUCCCUUCUUCAUCCCCUCUUACCUGAGGCAUUCUCGAUACAUGGCAAAGUUGGAAGCGGCCCACAAGGCUAAGGUGAAGAAAGAGCGUGAGCAACCAUCCGGAGGGCCUUCCACGCUCAACUCGUUUCCCACAAGUGCUGGAAAUACAAGAUUGGCACCCUCCCACCGUGGUAUGACUUACGACAUAAUUGAAAGCAAUCCGCCCAAAGAAGAGGACGUGUUACCUCCGUUGCCUUCUAAGUGGAGCGAGCAAGAUAAAUACCCAGGGUUGGAUAUAAUCGAUGGGCAAGACCUGAAAUACAGUGGUUCAGUAAGCAAGGCCGAUAUUGAAGCAGCGUCUGUCAGAACGGACCAUGCAAUGCCACUUGCUUGUGGGCUAUACUAUUUCGAGGUGGAAAUUAAACAGAAGAGCAAGGAGACAGCUAUCGCUAUUGGGUUUUCCACAAAUGAAGCGUCGCUUCAGCGUUUGCCGGGCUGGGAGACUCAAUCCUGGGGAUAUCACGGGGAUGAUGGAAAGAUGUUUUUCGGGGAGCAUUCAGGUCGAAGCUAUGGCCCAACCUUUGGCGUAGGCGAUGUCAUUGGUUGUGGAAUCAACUUCAACACCUGUCAGGCUUUCUUCACCAAGAAUGGACAGGAUCUUGGUAUAUGUUUUCGGGAACUGAAAAAGGAUGCGAAAUUAUACCCCACGAUUGGUAUGAAAAAACACUCGGGCGUGUUAUUAGCAGGCAAUUUCGGUCAGCGGCCUUUUGUCUUUGACAUUGAUGAUAAGAUGAUAUCUGAAAAGGCGAAUUUGUCAAGAGAGAUUGCGAAGGCCAAAACCACAUCAUUACGGCCGCAAGCGGACGAGGAUACCCUGAUUCAGGACUUGGUGGCACAUUUCUUAGCUCACGACGGCUAUGUUGAAACGGCGAAGGCGUUUGCGGAGGAGAUGCGAAGAGAAAAGCAAUCGUUGAACAAUACCCUUCCUUCCAAUGUGGCGACACCUGGAGAUCGGGACGACACAGACGCGGUACACCGACAACGGAUACGGCGUGCAAUCUUGUCCGGGGAUAUCGACCAAGCUCUAGAGAUCACUCACGCACAGUUUCCAACCGUUCUAGUAGAAAACCCAGACAUUGUUUUCCGGCUCAAAUGCCGGAAAUGGAUUGAACUCAUUGGCAAAUCGACCGAACUCGAUACCUCCAAACAUCCAACUGGGCAUGAACGGAAAGCGAGUGGCAUACUGGAGAACAGCUCCGGGGUAGAUGACGAUUUCGCCCAAGACAUGGAACUUGACGAGCAGCCCAACGGCGACAGUAGCGCUAAUGGCGUGGGCAAGUCACGGGCUGAUGACGGAGCUCUACAGCACGAUCAGCUGCUCAACGAGGCGAUGUUGUACGGUCAAGAACUGCAUAGGGAGUUCCGCGACGAGGAUGGGGAUUACGCAAAGACACUGCAGGACAUUUUCAGUCUGGUGGCAUACGACGACCCCAGAGGCAGUGUGAAUGGACAUCUCUUGGACCCUGCCGGCAGAGUUACAGUCGCGGAGGAGCUCAACUCUGCCAUUCUAGUGUCGCUCGGACGCUCCCCCUCGGCUGCCCUGGAGACGGCGUGGAAGCAGACAGAGGCUUUGAUCGAUGUUCUUAGCGAAGAUGGAGGCCCAGCUGCUUUCGCCAAUCUCCAAGCAACGUUCUCGUCUUGA